AUCCAAACCGUUUUUCUCCUUUUGGGAUUUCCUCCAAUCAAUGGCAUUGAAGAAUUCUGGAUAAACUUUCAUACUAAUGGGUCUCUUGUGGAGAGGUGCCCAGGUGAAAAUUCCAAAGGUUUCGAUUCCUAUGACUAUAACAAUCGCGAGGGAAAAUCUGACAAGCUAUCUUCCGAUGAUGAUAUUGUUGAUCUAUUACCUAGGGAUCCCUUUGGUAUGGACAUUAGCGCCACGUUCACAGCUAUUACGGGAUGGAUUGAGGAUUUUGGGUUGGAGAAUCUUGGAUUUGAGUCAUCUAGUGAAGAUGAUGAGGUUGAAAAGGUGGAUGAUCAAUUCCUUGCCGAGCUAAACAUUGUCUGGAACAGUGCCACAAGGCUUCAUCCCGAUUUGGGCGAUAUAAAAGCCUAUAAAGAAUCAUCCGUGUCUUCAAUGGAAUUGGGGUUAUGCAAUGAUCCUAACAAAGAGGAUUUCAUGGGUUUCAGUUUUGAGAAGUGUUGCACUCCCUGGGAUGCAGCUAAUAAACAUAAAUCAGCAUCCCCAGCGAAAUGUUUCCACUGGUGUUCGUGGCCUCCCCCAGAUGCUUUGUUUUUUUCUCUUGGCUACCUGGGUGCGAGGGACCUUCUUUCGGUUGAAAAAGUAUGCAAAUCCUUGCGUGACGCCGUCCGGAAUGAUCCUCUCCUCUGGCUAAAUCUUCAUGUCACUUAUCCGUUGUGUGAUAAGAUCACUGAUGAUGCCCUUUUACGGUUAACGAGUAGGGCUCAAGGCCGUCUGCACAGCUUAAGUAUCGUGGAGUGCUUAAAGAUCACCGAUGGUGGUUUGAAGAAGGUGCUUGAAAUGAAUCCUGGAUUGACGAAGCUAAGCAUUGCGGGGUGUCUAAGACUCAGCGUUGAAGGGACUUUGAGCAACUUAAGGUUCUUCAAGUCUGUAGGCAGACCUGGAAUUAAGCAUUUAAGAAUUGGUGGACUUUUUGGUGUAACCAGCCAGCAUUUUGAAGAGCUGAAGCUUUUAUUGGGCGCAGAUAAACAGAAUUGGGUCAGCGUCAACAAACCACGGUUCUUCCAUGCAGAGCAGUUGUAUCUGUCCUUUGAUGAUGAGCGCCCUAUUGACAUUGAGAUAUGUCCAAAAUGCCAACAACUCACGACAGUGUAUGACUGUCCAGCUGACAGCUGUAGGGGGAAGCAGCACACUGCCCAGGUGUGCAAGGCCUGCACAUUUUGCAUUGCUCGUUGUAUAAACUGUGGGCGGUGCUUGAAUAAUUGUGAUUACGAGGAGACAUUUUGUCUCGACUUCCUUUGUUUGGAUUGUCUGAAGCAGGUUUUGAAUUGCCAGGAUAGGCAGAAGAGAGUGACUAUUUCGCCAAAGCACACUUAUCUUCACCAACAGGCAAGUUACCAUUUCUUCCUAUAUGGCUAGAGGACUAUUAUGAUGUUAGAUACAGCUCCUCAGAUUGUCAGUUGAAUGUUGUACGAGAUUUGUAUGGUUUCCCAAUAAAGCACGUUUUGUUGAACAGAUCCAUAGACUUUAGUUGGGUGUAGAUAGUGUAUUUCUUUAUUCACUCUGGUAUCAGGACAGGCUAUGGAAUAAGGCACUACCUCUGGAGAUGACAUUUUGAUUUUUAUUGGAAAAAGGAAGGAAGUCUGCAGGCCCUGCAUCUACCUGGGAGGUCCUGGUCUUGUUGUAUUAUGUGUUUGACAAUCUUGCUUUCAUUAGCAUCUGCCUCCUAAUGCUGCGGGGAGCCUUUAAAAAGGGGAAAAACAAGAAAAAAGAAAAAAAAAAAAAGAAAAAGAAAAAAGGGGAGUGAGAGAGGAGAGAGAGAGAGAGUGGAAUGUUGAAGGUAUUUGCUCAGAAGCGAAUUAAUGGAAUUGAGUAGUUAUUUUACCACAGUGGGCUGGAUGUUUCGAUGCUAUUCACACAUUUAGCGGCCAUGGAUUAUUAAUCCGAAGAAACACAGGUGGACAGAAGACCGAAUUAUGAUGCUGGUUACUUGACAUCCUUGUUCCAAGGUUUGUUAUUGAGAAAUAUGAAGACGGUAAAUGAUGUUGUUGCAUGAAAAUGAGGGGAGUUUGCGGCUGAUGAAGGGAUCACGGGUCAUGUUUGUUGGAAGUGUAGGCAAAAAUUAUUAUAUGUAUGUCCGAAGUCUUCCCGGUCGUUAUGGUGCUUCUCUUCGGUACUAUUCUUGUUUGUAUUGUAAAAUCUGGAUAUAUUUACCUGUAUUAGCUGAAGGAGGCGUGACUGAAGAUCAGAUGCCCUGAUCACGAGUCACCCGUACCCGUGUUGCUAAUGUUGUGAGUACAUUAUUAUUAUUGAUCAGGAAAUGAUGAAAUAGCACUUAAAGGUCAUAUUUGUUGGCUUAA